ACGGGCCGGGCCCUCGUUGGGCACUGGCCGGGCACUGGCCGGGCGGCGCGGGCGGGACGGCGCGCGCGGGGUUAAGCGUCCGCCGAGCAGCGGCCCCCGGCCAGGCGCGGGGAGGGGCGCGGCGCGCGGCGGCUGACGUGGACCAGCUGCAGGUACCGGAGCCGCCAGACACUCCCGCGCCGGCUCGGACCCGGCUCCCGCCGCAGCUGCUCCCGCCGGCAUGAGCCGCACGCCGCGCCCUGCGCCUUGAGCCGCCAGCGCGCGCCUUCCCUCGGCCUCCGGCGCCUGGCCACACGGAUGUGACCCCCUCCCCGUGCGGGAAUGAUGGGGAUCUUCUGGGCGUCUGUUGGAUUUGUUUUCUUUUCCGUUUUAUAUGUACAGCAAGGGCUUUCUUCUCAAGCAAAAUUUACUGAGUUCCCGCGGAACGUGACUGCGACCGAGGGGCAGAAUGUGGAGAUGUCGUGCGCUUUCCAGAGCGGCUCGGCCUCGGUGUACCUGGAGAUUCAGUGGUGGUUCCUGCGGGGACCAGAGGACCCUGAGCCUGGCGCCGAGGUAGCAGGCGCGCAGGUGGAGCCGGUGCCCGAGCGCGACCCGGACGGCGACGGGACGAAGAUCAGCACAGUGAAAGUCCAAGGGAAUGACAUUUCUCACAAGCUUCAGAUUUCCAAAGUGAGGAAAAAGGAUGAAGGCUUAUAUGAGUGCAGGGUGACAGACGCCAAUUACGGAGAGCUCCAGGAACACAAGGCCCAGGCCUACUUAAAAGUCAAUGCCAACAGCCACAAUCGCAGGAUGCAGGCCUUUGAAGCAUCACCCAUGUGGCUGCAGGACGUGAAGCCCAGGAAGAACGUCUCGGCAGCUGCUCCCAGCAGCCUCCACAGCCCUACAAACCAGCGAACGCACUCCACCUCCAGCCCUCAAGUGGUAGCCAAAAUCCCCAAACAAAGUCCACAAUCAGGUGCGAGGAUAGCUACAAGCCAUGGACUUUCUGUCCUGCUUCUUGUUUGUGGCUUUGUGAAGGGUGCUUUGCUUUAAUCUAAAGUGCUGACUUUUUUCCAAUAUCACUUUCUCUUCUUAAAGCAAAGAGCAAAUCGUCUGUAAAAUCUACGGAGCGGACAGCAAAGUUGACCCUAAACUCCAAGCACCACUCUGCACCCACUGUACUCUAGUUACCUACACAGGAGCGCCUGCUUCCGGAGCAUAAACGAAGAGGCUAUCACAUGCUUUAUUCAUAAUGUUUUCUUUGGCAAAUCACUGAUCCUUUAUUUCAAGAAAAUUAGUGUGAAGUGGUGGGACAUUUUCUAAUAGCAAGAUCUAUUUUUUCCCUUUCUUUUGACUACUUGAAAGCUUCAUCUCACUGACUUUCAGGGGUUGGUCUGAAGGUCAACGGGAUAAUAAAAAUAUAUACCCAUGGAUACCACUGAUUUCCAACUAAAAGACCAAUAUCUUCAGGAAGCAAACAGAAAACAAGGAAACAGAACACAAGCUAUCAUCAAAUAAAACCCCCAUUUGUGGGGGUAGGAUCAAAAUUACCAAUAUUGCAAAUCAACGAGGAGAACAUUCUUUUAAAUAACAACUAACAAAAGAAAUACUUUUAUUUUUGCUUUUUCCCCUGGAUCGUUUUUUUCUUGAUUAUAGUUGUUGUUCUAUAUGAUGGCAAGUGCUGAUCAUGGCCAAUCCUUGUCAAUCCUGGGAGGUUUAUAUAAAUACAUUUGAGUAUUCUCUAUUUCAUUGUAUUUUAAUUCAUUUUGAAAUUCCUGUAUAUGCAAAAUUGACAAAUUCUGUAAAUUGCUUACAGUAUGUGUGAUAUAACUUCACAGUAGAUAGACUAUGACUCUCAUGCAAGCUGAUUUUUAUCAUAUAUAAAUAUAUGCGUAUAAAUAUCUAUUUGUUGGACCAUCAGCAUUUUUUAUAAAAAAACCCUUUGUUUCCACAUAUGAUUCAUAUAUUGUGAAAUUCAUAAGAUAUAGUUUUACUUCCACAGGUUUGACAGCUGCAGAUGUCUGCUGUUGCCUCUGCUUUUUUCUGGAAAAAUACAUAUUAGCAUAUUCAAAAUUGUAACAGUCUCUGAUUAGUUAAUUUGUUGUGUGUAUACUGUGUCAAAAUUUGCUAUGUUCCUUUAUAUAUGGUGUUUAUUGAGGUUUGGAGGUUCUUGACUCUAAAGAAAGUAUAGUAUCUGGUUUUGACAGCUAUUCUUGUCCUAUUAAUAUUAAACUAUAAUGUCAAUUCUAGAUUACUUAGAAGUUCAAUGUGGGGAAGGUAAAGUAGUCAUCAUGAUUCCCUACGUUCAUGGAAGAGCAUUCUUUCUGUGACUAAAAAUGCUACUUUCUUUAACUGUUAUGAUUUUCUGUAGCUUUGUCAUUCUGUUUUUUGCUGCUAAUUACAGUUUAAUGUCUCCUAACUAAGAACUAAAAUGUGACUUGGCUAAAUAUCAAAUGUAAGAGAUGACCAAAAAUCCCUGACUGAAGAAGAGGUGUUCAGUUUUCAAUAGUUAAAAGAAUUAUAAUUUUAAUUAUGCCAUUCUUGUUUUGGCUUUAUGAUAAUUCAGAGUAUUUUAUCUGGAAUCUGUUUUCUAAUCUGGCAAAGACUGACAGGCAGAACUAUUAGUUUGUUGCAUGUCACUGUGGAACAGAUACAUACGGGUUGAAAUCUAAAUGACAUGAGUUUUCCUUCCAGAGACUCUUUAUCUUUUUUUUUUAAAUAACAAAGCCGGAGGCUCAUCUCCAGCUUCCAGAUAAGGUCCUAACUGAAGCUUGAAGGUAAAGAAUACCUCUGCUUUUCAAAGGUAAAUGCAUUGAUUUUCCACAAUUCGAUUACAACUAAUGUGCAUAUUUUCAUACUAUUUUGGCAUUAUCUUCAAAGAAAAGAAAUGUUUCAUGCUAAAUCUUUUAUUGACAUUUAUCCUGUUCAUUUGGUUUCUUAUUUCAGUCUAGUAAAAAAAAUAAAGAUUUGAUUAUGCUAUUUUCUUAACCUACAAAUUAAUUUUUCCCAAAGUUUAAUACCUAAAAUGUAUAAAAUUAUGGUGAUAUAAGUACCUUCUAUUUAGUA